AUGGCUGAAUCGAUGCAUGAUCCCAAUGGGAUUAACUUUGAGAAAAUGAGGAAAAUGGGUGGAGUGAAAUUUGAAGGCACUGUUGAUCCCACUGAUGCUGAACAAUGGUUGGAGCGCAUGGAGAGGGUGUUUGAGCAGUUAGAGUUUUCAAAUGUUGCCAAAUUUAAAUAUUAUAUUUCACUAUUACAAAAGGAUGCUUAUGAUUGGUGGGUAAAUGUUCCGAAUGCCAAGGUAAAACCUCAUGUUCUUACUUGGGAUGAUUUUCUUAAGGAAUUUCGUAUGAAGUAUGUCCCACCUGCUUAUUGUGAUGCAAAGAGAAAGGAGUUUUUGAAUUUAAGGCAACGAGGCAUAUCUAUUGCUGAGUACCAACAAAAGUUUCUAAGACUCUCUCGUUAUACUGGAGGUAUUAUUAAAGAGGAAAAACACAAGUGCAGGAAAUUUGAAGACGGUUUAAAUGAUUCCAUUAGGAAGAAUGUGGCGAUCCUGCAACAUGAGAAAUUUUGUAAGUUAGUGUUUGUUGUUUUUACUUGGGAACGACUUGAUAAAGAAGAAGCUAGCAGAAAUGAAUACAGAUUUCGAAAGCCUAGACCAGAUUUUAGAGGUCCAUCCAAAAGAAGGAGGUUUGAUAAUUCUAAGGCUGAUAGUGAUAACAAGCCAACUCAACAAAAGCAAAACAGAUAA